AUUUGAUGAAAAUAGCAGAAAACUGGUUGGCUGUGAAUUGGAUACACCAAUAUCUCUGCUUCUUCAAAGAAAACAAAAAAAUAAAACAGAAAUGGUGACUCUUUCAUCUUCAUCUUCAUCUUCAUCUCCAUGUUUGAAUCAUUACCAGUAUCAAGCUAUUCUUCGCUCGCCACGUGUCCCUUUAAUUUCCUCUGAACUUCUUAAAGUUCCCAAGAAAAAUGGAAACUCACUUAUUUUCUGCUGCAACAACACUGUGCCUGAUUCAAGAACAGGCGAGCAAGUUAAAGGAGAAUGCGUAACCAAGAGAAGAGAGCUCCUCCUACAGGCUGGCUCUGUUGCAUUUUCUCUGUCCGCCUUUACAUCGAUUGCAUUGGCAGAGAAAGAUGUCCCGGAGGAGUUUCGUGUUUAUUCAGAUGAUGUCAACAAGUUUAAGAUCAUGAUACCUAGUGAUUGGCAAAUAGGCGCGGGAGAAGGUGAUGGAGUAAGGUCACUCUUAGCUUUCUAUCCUCCAGAAGCUUCUAACUCAAAUGUCAGCAUAGUAAUCACAAGCCUUGGUGCUGAUUUCACCAAGUUGGAAUCUUUCGGGAAAGUUGAUGCUUUUGCUGAGAAUCUGGUCAGCGGAUUUGAUAGAAGCUGGCAAAGGCCUCCGGGAGUGAAAGCAAAACUCAUAGAUAGCAAAGCUUCUAAAGGGUUGUAUUACAUCGAGUACACUCUCCAAAAUCCCGGUGAAAGUCUCAGACAUCUAUUUUCAGUGCUUGGGAUAGCAAACAAUGGGAUUUACAACAGACUGUAUACUCUCACUGGACAGUUUGUAGACGAGGAGGCAGAGAAAUAUGGUGCCAAAAUACAGAAGGCUGUUUCUUCUUUCAGAUUAAUAUGAUGACAUGAACAGAGAGCGCAAUAUCGCAAAUUUUGGCUUGAGCUUCUGGUUUUUCUCGUUUGGUGAAUGGUAAACAUAAUUGAGAGCGCGAUAUCACAGAUUCAAGUUCUGGUUAAGGUAUAUUAUGACGACUCGAGAAAAAACUGGAGUUGUAAGUAUGAACUAGCAACUUGAUCAAUGUUAGAGUUAGUAUUUGCAUAUAUCGUUAUAUACCAAAACUGUAUGGAUUUUUUGAUAAAAAUAUGACCUUAGUGCAAAUAAUUUGACGCUCAAGUUUUGAUUAUAUAUUUGUACUCUACUCAGGACCUUAAAUCGGUUA